AUGCAGUGUAUACCCUUGCCAGAAAAUCCCACUCGCCCGCGUACUGAAUUACGCCUUUUCAACAACCAGGGCUACGACAACCGAGAAUUCAUCACUUACCCCGACCGUCAAGGCUGGCCUGCUAGGCCUACAAUAGAAUGGACUAGGCUCUUCGAUAAACCGCCCCCUGCAUUCGUUGCCUUUCUCGAACGAUGGUUGUUCUUUAGUUUCGCACAGACUAUAUUCUCGCCAGACACAAAAAGAUUUAUAGAGCAGGCUGAGAACCAAAGCUAUCCUGUGCUUACAACGGCUCACUUACCCGCCCUGUCAAAGCGGCUUCGUGAUAGCAAUCGCCCAGGGUUGAGUGCUGAUAUGGUUCAGAGAAUUAAACAGUGUCUCCGUAUACACGGAUUACUGUGUAUAGCAUCCAGUAAGAAGAUUGUCGAAAUUGAAAUGUCCGAAACAAGGACGCUCCCGGGAUAUAUUGAGGACUGUGCAACCGUGGAUCCUAGAAGGCCGGCCAUGGUUACGGCUACAUCAUCCCUCGUGGAGGUUGCAAUGGCUGCAAUGGACACUACAGAUUUCAGGGACCCAUAUAGCCGAAUAUCUCCUGGAUUGGGCUUCCCGUGGACAAGUCAUAUGUGGAGGCUUUUACGUGAAGAUGGAUGGUGCCCAUCAGAACUCAACGUAAUCUUCGCGCAGUCGGAUACAAUUUCGCUUUGGUAUCUCUAUCAUUUUACCCGACCAUCACCACAUCAAACACAUCGUUUUCUUCGGACAAGGGAUCGCGUUGAGAUGCAACCUGGCUAUGCAGAUGAGGAGUUAUGCACAGCGUCAAGUUGUCUAUAUAAGCGGCUAAACGACGACACUUAUAUAACUAAGCACGUAGACGGAUGUGAUAACUGUGAUGAUGCAAUAGCAAAUCCAGAAAGUUAUUGUUCGAUAUUGAGAGAAGACAAAAUACCUCUAAUUUCUGUUUCAGAUGAGGGAGACGAAAAGAUCAACGUAGUUUUUCGGGCAGCUGAACCUGGCUGUAACUACAUUGCUAUAUCCCAUAUUUGGUCGGAUGGACUAGGAAAUCCCCAUCGGAAUGCGAUUCCAAGUUGUCAAUUUCGGCGACUGAGCAAAAUAGUUCGUGAAUAUCAGAACACUGCUCUAUUCUGGUUUGACACUCUUUGUGUGCCUCCUGAUAAAGCCAACCUAAAGUCAGAGCAAGAUAAGGCGAUGGGUUUGAUGCGAAAAGCAUACGAAGAUGCCAAAGCUGUUCUGGUAUUAGACUCGUGGACAACCGGGACAACGCAUAAGCACAAAUCUGACGUUGAGAAUUUAUACAAAAUCUUUCACUGCUCUUGGAAUACAAGGCUUUGGACCUUUCAAGAAGCUGCCCUUGCCCAGACUUUGCUUUUUCAAUUCCGAGAUGGGUGGUAUAAUGUUGAUGAGGGCAUCAAACGAAUCAAAGCAAACAAAGACAUUUCCAUCGAGGUUACGGUAAAACCUACACUAAUCGGAUUGUAUGAUCGGCUUCGCGGGUUUCGAAAGUCUGGAGGGAGUAUUACCGACCUUUUCAAGUUUAUAGUCAAGUCAAUAGCUAUUCGCACAACGAGCGUCCCUGCAGACGAGCCACUGUGUUUGUCUGCUCUGCUUAACUUCAGUGUUCCUGAUAUCGAGAAAAUCGCAAAAGAGCCGCAUCAGCUUCGAAUGCGUAAAUUCUGGGAAAUGCUCGACUCAAUACCAAGUGGCUUUAUCUUCGUUUCUGAAUACGAACGAAUAGAUGUAGAUGGUCUUCGAUGGGCCCCAAAAACCCUACUGGGGGUUGGACAGUCGCUUUUUCUAGGUGAUAUGGGGCUUUUGACCCGUACAAAAGACGGCCUUUUGGGAACUGGCUCUGGCUUGAGACUCUACUGCGGCGACAUUGAUAUCCCACAAACAAUCUGGCUUUUAGAUCCGAAGAACAACCUUUAUAGGGUGAUACUUCAUCUGUCCAAUUGCGCUGAAGCAGAAGAAUUCGUCUUUCCGGGGGAUAAGACACAUGCCAAAUAUGUCAACAUCAAAAAGGCUUACAAUUGCGAUGAAAUCGGCUUCAUUUCUCAACAAGAAUUGAUAGGUGAUUUCGAAAAACCGCGGGACGACGGCCAGGACAACGACCUGAGCGAUAUAGGCGACAGUGUGGCUUUAUUCGCUAUCACCAAAGAAGAUGGGGGACGCAUAUACGGCAGACUAGUCUGUGUUGGACUAAUCGAAAAAGCCCAACCGGACAUCGCAUGGAGGAAUGGCGAUGUAAUACGGCAGAUUAUUGAAGGUAAUAAGAAAAGGCGUUCACCCGUGGAAGUCGAAAAACUAUCACUUACGCCCGACAACAUCUAUUCAAGCUUUGACACCGGAAACAUGGAUAUGCAAGACAUAAAAGAACUUGCUAAAUCAGGAAUUCUUUCCGUAAAGUCAUUAAGCGGUACCAUUAUAAAAGAUAAAAGGACUGAGAAGAUGGUAGCUGGGAUAUGCUGGGGCACAUUUGGAGCACACGCCAUUUGUUUGGGCAUGACAAGUCUUUUCAACCAAAUACUAUGUGUCGUCGCGCUUCUAGUAGGCACUUAUCUAACGGCCAUCCACAUUGGAGACUCCCGCGAAGCGAUAGGAAAUAGACUUUGGCUGGAGGAAGAUAUGGGCGAUCCAAAAUGGAACCGAUCCCUAGCGUAUGCACGGCUGGAGAUGACCGAUACAGAGGAAGAAUGUAUGGUUCGAUGGGGCUUGAUGCCUCAGAGGUCGAAUACGUGGUGGUGGAACAGGUAUCAAAAAGAAUACGUUGGAAAACAGCAAACAGAACUGGAGUUUGAUUCCAAGGUUUAA